AUGAGUGUGUGUGCAUUUGUGCGCAUCCAGGACAAGAAGAGGAUCCGUGAGGACAUCAGUCGGAAGAGGAGAGACAUUGAAGAGGAGAAAGUCAAACUGCAGUACAUCAAGAAGAAGUCUCUGAGGGAACAAUGGCUGAUGGACGGUCUCCAGUCUGAGGAGGAACGAGAAGCCAUGAAGAUGCAGGUCCAGGAUGAAGUGCAGCGCACAGCCCAUCUCCAGAGCAACAUCGACAGGAUGGAGGAGGAGAUGUUCGCUCUGGAACAGCAAGAGCUGCAGCUGUCGGCAAACGAAGAGGCCAUUCUGAAGAGGCUGAGGCAAGUGGAGCGCACCACUGAGGACAUCAUAAAGGAGCUCAGUGCACAGCCGCUCUCAGACCUGUUCUGGCCCUCCGUAUGCCCCAGGCAGGGGGGCGACUCUAUGUCAAACAUCUUUGUGGAGCCUUCUAUUAACAGCCGUGCUGCUCAGGGGCAUUGCCCCCUGGAGUCUAAGGGAGCCACAUUUGCCAUGGAGAUCAGUGUGGAGCUGGAUAAACAAACUGGAAAAACUCAGGUUAUUUCCACAGCUUCCGUCACACCAGAGACAAUCCACGAAAAAGGCUUGAAGGUAUACGAGGACAGCCUCAAGUCUGUGUUUGCACUGCCGCCUGGUGAAGCCACCAAAGUGGAGACAGAGAUGACCCCCACAGAAGUAGAUGAGCUGCUCCGUCAGGCCACCCACUGGAGUGGGGAUGUCUUGUACCACCAGCCCGUCCAUGCGGCCCCCUUCACCGGAAAUGGUUUGGACACAGGUGAGAGCCAUUUUGGGCACAACACACCAUCCCUUGAUCGAGCCAACCGUGUUUUGGAGGAACUAUCUCCAGGAGCAGUCACUCUGGUCUUUAUGGGCUACGAAAAUGUGGAUGAAGAUGAAGACAACCCAAUCCAGGCAGAACUUGUGAUGAUGGGGAACAGCGAGGAAGAGAAUUCCAGUGGCAAAGAGGUUUUUUCAGUCUACCACCCAACCGGUUGCACCAGCAAAACAUUGCAACCUCAAGUGGGCAUUGCCGGGGUGAAGGAUGGCAGAUAUUUCAACGAGGAACAUGAAGGUGGUGAGUCUCUGCUGCACAAGCCUACUUUUAAGCACAGGUCAAUCAAGAACGCUAGCAAAUCCGAAGGAUGGGAUGGUGCAAGGCUGUGA